AUGUUUCUGAACUUCCUGAUUGCUCACGGAGACGAUGUGACAGAGCAAGACCAGUGCUCUCCUCUUUGCUCAACGGCAAAGGCUGUCCGCAAUAAUGAAUACUAUUUCGCCAUUCAGAUUCGGUCCACCUGGGUCGGUUGGGGCUCACUUUGUGUUGCCGGCGCCGGCGCAUACUAUUUUGCCAAACGAUCUAUAAAUGCUGAUCGACUUUCACGUCAUGAAGCGAGCCAGCGUGUAAAGCAAGAAGCUGCUAGACAAGAAGCCGAAGUUACAGGGCGUUCAAUUCGCCCCAAGCCCGACAUGCCCGCCGCCGCCACGUCCAAUUCAUCCGUCACCAAUGAAAUACGAAAAAGCGCUGGUGGAAGUAAGAUAUCAAAAGAGGUAUCUACGAGUUUGUUUGGUCAAGAUGAUGUAGGCAGUCCAAGCGAGGAGACAGGGCAUGACCCAGCCGCCACAAGACAUGAACCUGAGACGGACGCACAGCGAGUUGCAGAGAAGGGGAAGUACGAGGCGACCCAGCUAUUUAGAUCAAGGAAGGGAGAUCGAUUCAGUUAA